AUGGCUGAAAACAAUGCGGGUAAUGGUGAAGUUUCGGGGCGAGUAAUGGAAAUUUUGUGUCAACCAUGUUUGAAUAACAUUUUACAAAGAACAGCGGACAAGUUUUGUCCAACUUGUAACGAAUUUCAGUGCUUGGAUUGUUCCAACGUUCACUACACUCACGCCUUCUUAAAAAGUCACAAGUUAGUGAAUGCGAAUGAGGUGAAAACGAAACAAGGUUCGUUUGAUAUGAAAGGAUUAGAUCAAUGUGAUCAACAUCAGGAAGUUCUAAAAUUCUUCUGUGAAGAUGAGAAUCAGCUCUGCUGCAGUACCUGUGCCAUUCUUAAUCAUCGUAAAUGUCACAGAAUUGUGGAAAUUCUGAAGGUCGCCAGAAGGUCAACAAAAACAAAGUCAACUUUAAAGGUUACAGUGGAGGAAGUGAGACAGAAGGCUUACAAAAUCGUAGACAUCAUUGUCUCAUCAAAAGAGAAACUAGAUGAAGAUGCUAAAGAAAUACCAGUAAAAAUACGGCAAAUGCGGGAUAAAGUAAUGAAAAUGUUUAACGACUUGGAAGUUUCCAUUGUUAAGGACGUUCAAUCGUUUCGGGAAGAGACAUUAGAAAAGAUGUCAAUAAAGCAGUCUCAGAACGAAAAAUAUCUAGGUGAUAUAACAGCAUAUCUGGAAACGAUUGACGACGUGUAUCAGAACGGAUCUCUAGUACAACAGUUCAUAGUAGAGCAAAAGAUGAAGAAUGACGUCAAUGUUCUUCACACAAAUGUCGAUGCACAGUGUCAUGAUUUAGAGACCGUGACUAUAAGCUUUGAUUUUGAUGAAACAUUAAAACUUCCUCCUCUGUCAGUAACUGAUUAUAUACCAGGACAGCUGACUCUAAAAUUCUGUCUAUCAGAGGUAGCCAGUACUAUAGUUCCUGUUAACAAAGCAAUGAUACUUACACCAAUAAAGUCCAUUGAUUUGAAGAAGAAAGAGGAUGAUGUAGAAGAGCCAUUUUAUGGAGGGAUUGAGUUUUUACCUGAUGGUAGACUUGUUGCUGUUGAUAAUAACAACAAGAAAUUCUUAGUUUACAAUGAGAAGCUUGAGAAAGUAGGAUCAUAUCAGUUAUCUUACCGGCCACAAUCCGUUGUUGCUGUAUGUGAUGAGGAAGUAGCGGUCACAAGUGUCAUUCCUUUAAAGUUAAACAUUCUCCAUGUUAACAAAUCUAAUGACAUAAAAUUAGAUAGAACAAUUAAAGUGACAACAAAAUAUGUCUCAAUAUGUCAAAAAGAUGAUAAACAUUUUGUCGGCGGGACAAUUGAUCAUUCAACACCUGUUCGUAUUAUAUCAUCUACAGGAGAAGAGAAAGAUUUCAAUAUUAACUUUCCGAAUAAGUCAUAUCCUGUAGACACAAGCGCUUGUACUUAUAUAAGGAGCAGUGAUAAAGUGGUGCUGACCGAUAGAUACGAGCAUAUUGUCUACAUAUAUGACGUCAAGACAAACACGAGAGUCGUGGUGAAGGAUGAUCAGAUAAAUGAGCCGCGUGGUGUAGCAGUUGGUCCCUCUGAUACUAUCCUGGUUUGUAGUAAAGGAACAAAGUCCAUUGUACAGAUAUCACAAACUGGACAGAUCUUAUCAUCGUACAACGUAGAUAUGGACUAUCCAAGAACAAUUUGUGUCUCACGUGAUAAAUCAUUUCUUGCAAUAACAAACUCAUGUACUGGUGAGAUAAAACUACAGAAGUUUAAAAUAUCAUUUUGA